AGCUUGGCUCAAGAAUGCCAUGAGGGGUGUCACAGCCACGAAGAUGGCGAGGCUUUGUCACGGGCGUGUCCCGCUGCAAGUGUUCAGGUACCGGAAGCUCGCCCGAAGCUUCUCGUCAACUGAAUGGAGCCAGUAUGCAUACAGCACCCCGCUCUUCCGAAAGACCAGGAGAGAGGAACUUGCAGAGAAAUGGGACAACCUGGGCUUCUCCAUUCGACCAAUGAAUGGCCAUGUCAGGUAUACGUGGUCCGAUGGCAACUGGGAUUCCGGCGUUUUCGUCCCAGCUCCAUAUCAGUUGAUGCACAUCAAUGCAGGAGCCCUGCACUAUGGUGUGUCGGCCUUUGAAGGCAUGAAGGCCUUCGCUUGCAAGGAUGGCAAGAUCCGCUUGCUGAACCCUGAGCUGAAUGCUCGGCGAAUGCAGAAAGGUGCUGAGGCACUUCUGAUGCCCAAAGUACCAACCGAAAUGUUCAUCAAUGGCGUGAUGGAAGCUAUCAGAAGAAACAGAGAAUUUGUCCCACCCUAUGGAAAUAAUGCGUCUAUGUAUAUCCGGCCGCUGCUAUUUGCAAGUGGCCAAAUGCUGGGAUUGGCACCACUGGCUAGCGAGUACACCUUCUUUGUGACGGUUUUACCAGCUGGUGGGUAUUUUGGAAAGGGUAGCGAAGUUGGAGUCAAGGCCAUGGUGAGCAACAAUCACGACCGUGCUGCGCCCAAGGGUCUUGGCGCUGUGAAGGCAGCAGGGAACUACGCAGCAGACCUAGCCCCGGUGCACCAAGCGCACGCGGAUGGCUACAACACCACCCUGUACUUAGAUGCCAAGGAACGCAAGUUCAUCGAGGAGUUCUCGGUGUGCAACUUUGUGGGCAUCACUAAGGAUGGCCGCUAUGUGACACCCAAGUCUGACACGAUUUUGCAGUCCACGACCAACAUCAUGCUGCAGCAGCUUGCGAAGGAUCGUGGUAUGAUUGUGGAAGAGAGACCCAUCGACUUCGAGAAAGAGAUUGGAAACUUCAAAGAAAUUGGUAUGUGUGGCACAGCGGCUGUGGUGGUCAAGGUUAACUCCAUCAGCUUCGGGGACAAGGUCUAUGAUUUUGAAGACUUUGAUGUCAUUUCGGGCCUGCGAAGUCAGCUCACUGGAAUUCAAUGCGGAGAGGAAGAGGACAAACACGGAUGGAUGAAAGAAGUUUGUGACGUUGUGAACGAUAGCAUUCCAGAGGUGUUCCCAGUGCAGACGCGCUCCUUUGCGCCUGACAUGGUAACCGCAGAGGCGAAGGGGCAGGUCCAGCGUAUGGGCAGCCAAGCGAUGCACGGUUUGGAGCGCCUCCUUUUGGAACACGUCGUUGCCAAUGCGGAGCCCGGCAACCCCGACAGUGUCCUUGCUGCCAUGGAUGCUUUUUGGAACAAGACUUUCCAAGCCCAAGGCGCAGAAAAGUGGAAUGUACGCGGGCUCAAGAUUGAGGAGGCGGUCAGAGACAAAGUUCAAGCCAAGGCUUCCUCCGGAGCGCCAGUGCGAUGCCUGGAGAUGGGCACUUACUGUGGAUACAGUGCCCUACGGAUAGCUCGAAACCUGCCAGCUGGAGGGAAGCUCCUCAGUGUUGAAAAGGAUGAACUUUUUGCUGCCAUUGCAACAAAGAUCAUCGAGUUUGCAGGCCUAGACGACAAGGUGAAGAUUUGGAUGGGCACGGUGCACUCAGAGAUCGCCAACAUUACCAACAGGCUGGAACACGAAGCAGCAGACUUUGUCCUAGUCGACCACUCGAAGGAGAGAUACGUUCCAGACUUGAAGCUGCUGGAGGAAUGCGGAAUUGUUUCCAAGGAAACCGCAGUGGUUGGUGACGUGGAAGUAUACCCUGGUGAUGAGAGGCCUCCCAAGGUUAUUGAGGAGGAGAUCAGCCGUUUCUUCUCCGACAGAGCGUUUGGAUUGGCCACCAUGGUUUGAGCAACGAAGGAGCUUUUUGGAGCAGAAUCCUGAACUCACGGAAAUCGAUGGAGAUCUGUGAGUUUCUGGCAUCGGCAGAAUCGCUGCCAAAUGCCAGCAAUCCCCAGUUUUUCUUACUGUAGCUGGUUGCGUCAGCGCAAGCUGGACAGGGGAUGUUGCACCACAAUUGCACCGUUUCAGCAUGGG